AGGGCUAUCAAUUCAUGACACCAAUCCGAGGAACACCGCCGUAUUGGCAAUCAACACUGCGAGACCUUAUGGCUAUGAUAAGACAACUUGGUAUACCCACGUGGUUUGCUACCUUUUCAGCCGCAGACAUGAGAUGGACCGAAAUGUUACAAGUACUUUUGGAACAACAAAAUUACACACAGUCACUUGAAGAUAUGGAUUGGAUACAAAAAUCUGAGAUAUUGAAAAAUAAUCCAGUUAUGGCUGCUACCAUGUUUGACCAUAGAUUUAAAACCUUCCUUAACCAGGUUAUUAUUAAAAAAGGUGUCAUUGGAAAAAUCAAAGAUCAUUUUUUUCGAAUAGAGUUCCAGCAGCGAGGGUCGCCACAUGCACACUGCUUGUUUUGGGUGGAGGAUGCACCACUUCUUGAUCAAGAUAAUGAUCAGACAGUUUGUGACUUUGUUGAUAAAUUCAUAACUUGUGAAAUGCCUCCUGAAAAUACUGAUCCUGAACUAUGUGAAAUAGUGAGCACUACCCAACAGCAUAGUAAAAAUCAUUCCAAAAGUUGCAGAAAGAAAGGAACAACAUGCCGUUUCAACUUCCCACGCCCACCUUCACAAAGAACAUUUGUGUCACGCACCCAAAGCAUCACAGAUCCAUCAAUAACACAGACACCACAACAACUCCAAUCCGCUGCAAAAGAUACAUUGACAAGACUUUGGGAUGUUACCAACAGUGUUGAACUUCAAAACAUCAAGACAACCUCUGAUUUAUUUGCUGCAGCACAAAUGUCUCAGGAGGACUUUGAAACUGCAUCAAACAUUUUAACAAAGAGAACCAGCAUUGUUUUAAAGCGGGAACCAAAUCAUUUGUGGAUAAAUCAAUAUAAUCCUGACCUCCUCCGUUGCUGGAAUGCUAACAUGGAUAUCCAGUACAUCACUGAUCCUUAUUCAUGUGUUAUGUAUAUCAUUUCUUAUAUCUCUAAAGCAGAGAGAGAAAUGGGACUUGUCUUAGAAAAUGCAAAGAAAGAAGCAGUAGAAGGUAAUGCAGAUGCACAACAAGCCAUGAAGAAGAUUGGAGCAGCAUACUUUCGUCAGCGUGAAGUGAGUGCUCAAGAGGCAGCAUAUCGAGUAUGUGGUCUCCACAUGAAGGAAACAUCCAGGAAAGUCCAGUUUCUUCCAGCUGGUGAUGACCAAGUUAAAUUGAGUUUGCCACUUCAUUUAAUACAAAAAAGGGCCCAUGAAGUAGAUGAUGAGAAUAUCUGGAUGCCAUCGAUAUACGAUAAGUAUAAGGCAAGACCUAGUUUGCAGGAGUUUGACCAGCUCUGUUAUGCAGCAUUUUGUUCUGAAUACCGUAUUCUGUCUGCCUCACAGGUUCCCAAGAACAGAGCUCAUAUUCAUGAGCUUCAGAAUAACCUGGGUUUUAUUCAAAAGCAUACUAGAACACAAGCAAGCAUAGUAAGAUAUCCAAGAUUUUCUGAAAAGAAAAAUCCUGAUUUGUUUUACAAAUCAAGCUUACAACUGUUUCUACCUCACAGAACAGAUCAAGAAUUAAAACCUCAGAAAUUCCACUCAUAUGAAGAUAUGUAUUUCAAUGGUGCAGUGGCCCUAACAUUAUCACUCCCACCACAAAAAGUAAAAACAAUUAUAGAAAGUAACAGGCAAAAGUUCGAACACAAUGCAGAUGUCUUAGAUGAAGUUCACAAGUUAAUAGAAAGUAAUGGUCCCCUUGAAGAUGCAUGGGCUUCCAUUGCACCUGAAUCUGAAGUUGAACGAAUAGAACUUGAAGAACAAAAGAAACACCUGGAUGAAGAAGAUUAUACAGAAAUACCUGAACUGGAAACUCCAAGCAAAAGACAAAGUAAGCCAGGUGAUUUUGAAAUCAGCAAUAGCCUAUUUACCAGCAGCCAAAUUCAACCUUUAUUACGCCAACUCAAUGAAGAACAGAAAGAAGUAUUCUACAGUGUCAGACAGUGGUGCUUAGAUCAUGUUCAUGGUCAGCAGCCAGAACCAUUUCGUAUUUUCAUAAAUGGAGGAGCUGGCACAGGGAAAAGCCACUUAAUCAAAUGUCUAUACUAUGAAGCCAAUAAAAUUUUAUCUCCAGAAACACCUAAUCCAGAUGACAUUGUUGUUCUCCUCACAGCUCCUACUGCAACUGCAGCGUUCAACAUUGGUGGGACUACGCUUCACCAGGCAUUUUCACUUUCUAAAUCUCUACCCCUUCCAUAUCAUUACAAAAGAGAUGACGAACUGAACAAACUCCGUACCAAACUUCAACACCUAGUAAUAUUGAUCAUUGACGAAAUAUCUAUGGUAGGACAGAAUAUGCUUAUAUACGUCAGUGAGAGACUUCGUCAGAUCAAACAGAGUGGAAAUGCUUCAUUUGGAAAUGUCUGUGUUAUAGCUGUUGGAGAUUUUUUCCAAUUACCACCUGUCAAGCAAAAGUGUCUUUAUGACCUCCGACCAGAAAAUGUUCUAGAACUAUGGAGCUCAAAUUUCUCAUUGGUUCAGCUUAACAAAAUUAUGAGGCAGAAAGAUGAUGCUCAAUUCGCAGCCUUAUUGAAUAGACUUCGUGUAAAGAAGAAAUCAGAGACUUUGCUACCUCAGGAUAGAUCAAUUUUGGAAGCCUGCACACAACAUACAAUUCCAUCUGAUGCUCUCCAUAUCUUUGCUACCAAUAAAGAAGUGAAUACUCACAACUCUAACAUGAUUACUGAGAUUUGCAGUAAUAUUGAGACAAUAUCAGCACAAGAUUUUGAUAAACAUUCUCAGUCAGGAAAGCUCAUACGAAAGGAUUCACCAUAUGACACAACACAUGACUUUCUACCAGCUCAUUUGCUUAUAGCACCAAAAGCAAGAGUGAUGUUGAUAAGAAAUAUUGAUAUUUCCAUUGGACUUUUGAAUGGUGCUAUUGGGACAGUCACCAGCAUCCUGCCAUCUUCGACAAAUUCAACAUUACCAAAGAGUAUUCAAGUACUUUUUGACAAUGAAAAGAUUGGUAAAAACAAAUCAAAUCAGGGAAAACAGUCUGUGUCCAUUGAACCAUUUGAAGAGAACCUGAACAACAAUGCUAUCAGGCAUCAAUUCCCAUUACAGUUGGCAUGGGCCUGUACAACCCAUAAAGUACAGGGCAUGACAACAGAUAAAGCAGUAGUAUCAUUGAAACACACCUUUGCAGCUGGCAUGGCCUAUGUCGCACUAAGCAGAGUGAGAUCUAUGGAUGGUUUGGUUAUUAAAGACUUUGACGAGGACAAAAUUUACUGCAUUGAACAGAUAUCAGAUGCUUUAAAAAGAAUGCCUCAAUUCGUGCCUCUGCCACAUCACACAUGUACUGAGCAGGAUCAUAUUCAAAUUCUGCUUCACAACAUACAAGGAUUAAUUCCUUACUUUGAUGAUCUACUUGCAAAUUCUGACAAAAAUAAGGCACAUUUUAUUUGUUUAACUGAAACAUGGUUGGACAACUCAACACAUACUCCACAAAUUAACAACUUCAGUCUGAUUCACAGACCACGUAAUUCCUGUUAUUCUACAGAACUGCCUUUAUUUAGAGAACUUAAGGACAAAAAGCAUGGUGGAGUUGCCAUUUAUGCGCGUAAUGAUCAGCAAUAUCAUCAGUUGUCAUUUCAUUGUUGUAACCUUGAAUAUGUUGCUGUGAAUAUACCUGAAAUUCAAACAAAUCUUGUUACUGUGUACAAACCGGAAUCUUAUCCAACAUCAAUUUUCAUGAAGGAACUACAUUGCUUACUACAGAUGAUUCAGAAAGAACACAUGGCAACCAUCUUACUUGGUGACUUUAAUGAAGAUAUCCUGAAACCUAACACUCAAAUCAAAACUUUUCUUGAAGGACGUGGAUAUGUACAAAUAAUUGAUAAACCAACUACAGAUGGAUACACCUUGAUUGAUCAUGUGUAUGUUAAUGGACAUAUUCAAACAUCUGCAAAAGUUCUCCAGACUUACUACAGUUACCAUAAUAUGAUUUCAGUACAAGCAAAAAUGUACCCUUUUACAUGAUACUUAGAGACACAUAAACAUUUAUAAUAACCAGUUGUUCAUGAAAGAUAAAGGAUCUCCAUGAUUCAAAGUUACAAGUUAUUAAUUCAUUUUAAAUUUCCUUCAAAGAAAAGCUUAGAAAAAAGCUCCAACCAGGAUUCAAACUUCAGAUGUGUUUCCCUUGAUCAUCACAAUGGGAUACGAUACUUUGGUCUCCCUCAAAAGUGAAGCUUACCCCUACAACUUGAAGCACAUGCAAGAUUUAACUUCACAAGUCUUCAUUAAGAAGAACUAUUACUGUGUUUUGCAUCUUUCAGUUCACCUUCUAUUAUUUACUUGUAAAUGUGUUGUCAAAAUUUCAUAUUGAAAUCUACGUGAAAAAUGUGUUUAUUUUGCAACUCACUUUUAUUGUACUUAC